CCUACGCGCGACCUUUCCCGAGUUAAUUAAGCAUGCAUAAUUGCGCAUGCCUCUGAACCUAAGAAUAAUUGGAAAACAGAACGAUAUAAUAGCUUCUGUAUUGGAGAAAUGCAUGUGAGGAAGCUAAUAUGGUAACGCUAUGACUUCUGUUUCUUGUUUAACUUAUUUUUGAAUUAUUGUUAUUUUACUUUUUUUCCUGUGUACUCAGAAUAGUAAAAGCGAGGUUUGAUAAUCCUUAGUAAAAGUGUGCGAGUUUACACGAAUGGUAAACUCUACAAUUUUUGGGUAUUUGCACUGCCGAAAUAAGGAAUACAUUCAAAAUCAUGUUUUUACUUCUAUUUUUAAAAUUAUUAAUAUUAUUAUUAUUACUUAUUUAUUUAUGACACUGGCCAUAAGCGUAUUACAAGUAUCUAAGCAAAAUAUAAAUACCUCGCACACUAUAACAAACACACAAAAAAAUAAAGACAAUAAAACAAAAAUUAAACGAUCAACAUACAAAUUCGAACAUGAUUCAAGCUUCUGAUAGCAUCUUGAAAUUGUUUGUAGGUUUUCUCACUCCUGAUUAUUUUAGUCAAUUCCAAUUGUAUAGCAUUUGGUAGAUCGGCGUGGUUUGGCGGGAACUGUAUUCAAAUGUUGGCAGUAGUAAGAUAUUUUCCCAUCUGUAGCGUCUGAUUAAAGGCCAGUUACCCUUAAAAGACCUUCUGGAAAGCAUUUCUCCUUUGUGUAACAUUGCGUACGCAGAGAAGGCAAAAAAGAGGCCAGUUUCUCAUUAAAAAAAUGUUUUCGGUUGCAUCGACCUUGACGGAUCGCCUGUGUGUCAACUUGUCUUAACCCGAAAUCCAUAAAUUAUUUUAGCCAAGUCCAAGAAUUUAAAUUGAAUCUAUUUGUUAUAUAUUCAAAGUAUAAAUUUUAUUGUACAAUAAAACAUAAACAUUUUAAUUUUACCAAUGUUUUACUACACAAACUGAAAAGCAGUUUUAAUAAUCUACGGAAACGUUUCUUGAAAUGUCUUGACACCCAAUUUCAUGGAUUUUGACUGCUAGAUUUUAUCUCCUGACGCAACAUUGAAUAGGUCACUAAUUAUGGUCACCCGAUUUAAGACGUGGAAUGAGGCAUGGACAUAAACCUCUCCUGAACAUUCCAGACGUUCAUUUUCUUGCGAUUCUGACUUCCUCCAAUUGUAUUCACAACGUAACCGACGAUAUUUAUAGCACAUUGUUUAGAUAUAAACAAUGUAUUGAUAUAAACAUACAUAAUUGCAUGUCAAAAUAUUUUUAAAACUAAACAAAAUGAUAAUAUACAUUGUGACAUUGUUUACAAAAAAUAAAAGCAUAUAGAUAAGCCCGAGGAGACGACUGUCUUCCAGGGUUAUAAAUAUUUUUAUCAGUUUUGUAUAUAUUUUUGUUUAUACAAUUCUGUAUAUAAAUAUAAGAGCGUGUAGAGCUGAUGGGAUUGAGAAGUUGAGAACAUUGCAAUCGUGUCUUAAAGCAGCUGAAAUAUUUUAAUCUUCGAGAAUUUUCAUUUUUCAUCUAAAAAAAUAUGGACGGAACAGCCGAAGAUUACGAAAACUCGUACCCAAAAUUUCUCGAUCGCUACGUUAGUUCGUCUCUGGAUUUACUUUUUCCAACCAUGGAAUGGUCCGACGAGGAUAUCGUUUUGGACAUCGGAUGCGGUCCAGGAAAAACCACCAAAAAUAUUCUUUUACCAAAAUGCCCAAAAGUGAAGAAAAUCGUAGCUAUCGACAUCGUACCGAAUUACAUCAAGUAUGCCAGAAAAACAUAUUUUGACCAGAAAAUAGAAUAUAAGACUCAAGAUAUCAUUCAAAGGUUCGAUUUAAAAGAAAUUGGAAAAUAUGGCAAAGUCAUGUCUUUCUACGCCUUGCAUUUUGUAAAUGAUUUUAAGAAGUUGUUUUCUACUGUUUUUUCAUUAAUGAAGCCAGGAGGAUAUUUUUUCUUCGUUUUUAUUAGAAAAUGUCCUAUGUUUUCCAUCGUACGGGAGCUAAGUACCCACCAAGAAUGGAUGAAGUAUAUAAAGACCGACGAGAUUCUUGCUUCGUUUGCAUUAAACCAGAGCUGUAAGGACUUAGAAACUGAAUUUAAUAAUUAUCUUUCCAAGUUUAAUUUGAAAGUAACAAAAAGUAAACUGGAAGUUAAGGACGUGACAUUUUCUGACGAAAAGAACUUUUUAGGUAAAAUUUUACAUUUUUAAAAAUGAUUUUCAAUACUAAUUAAAUUACAUUAGCUUUUUAGAUAUAGAUAUAAUUACAAAAACCGCUUUGCAGUAUAUAUUUGUAUAUGUAUGUUCAUAAAGGAUACAAGAAAAAACGAGAAUUGCCUCUCUUAUGAUUUCCUUUAUUCCUUCUUUCAAUUUUAUGAAAUUUAAGUAUUUUGUUAAAGUAAAUGCGUUUUAAGUCUUACAUUAAAUCUUCUAUAGUCAGCAAGCGAUGAAAAGGCUUUUUUAGAUGUGCUUUAAGAUAUAUUUAAGAGAUUUGGAAUUUUGAAUGUUAUGUCUAUUAGGGUAGAUUUCGCUUGUUUAAGAAUGUGUUUAUAAUUCACUUUUACAAAGAUAGUUGAAGACAGCACAAGUAGAAACAAACCUCUUCACAAAUGUCAGAUAUGGUAGCUGUUAUAUACGAUUGAAAUGUGUGUCUCUUUAAUUGGAAUAAAUGCAAACGGUAGACUUCCUCUCAGGUAUCAGGUUAGGUACUCCUUUAUUGCAAUUCACAAAACGCAGAGAAGGCAUCAUCAUCAUCAUCAUAUAUUUGGUUUAUUAACGUAAUAUUAAAAUUACAUAUUCAGGUAUACAUAGCCUGAUUAAAAUUGUUUACAA